GUCAAAAAGUUCGCCACUGGAAAUCACAAUAAACUUCCAGAGUAAAAGUGGACGUGCCACGUAAAUUUCUCAAUUUCUCUGUGAAAUCCGUGAAAUAUUGAAGUGCUAGAAGCACAAUUACAAUGGGAGUAUCACAUAGUGUUAAUGUGCCGGGUGGAGGAACUGAAGGAUAUCAUGUUUUGCGGGUCCAGAGCAACUCCCCCGGCGAAAGAGCUGGCCUAGAGGCCUUCUUUGACUUCAUUGUGGCCAUUGGCAACACCAGACUGGACCAGGAUAAUGACACACUGAAGGAAUUGCUAAAAAUCAACGUUGAAAAGGAGAUCAAGAUGAUUGUGUACAGCAGCAAAUCCCAAACGGUCCGGGAAGUGAGCAUAACACCGAGCGCUAAGUGGGGCGGAACGGGACUUCUGGGAGUUAGCAUCAGAUUCUGCUCCUUCGAGGGAGUCAACGAGAACGUCUGGCAUAUUCUCGAAGUUCAUCCAUCGUCUCCUGCCGAGGAGGCUGGUUUGAGAUCAUUCUCUGACUACAUAAUUGGUGCUGAUUCUGUUCUGCACGAGAGUGAGGACCUAUUCACGCUGAUUGAGUCUCACGAAGGGCGCCCACUGAAGAUGUAUGUGUACAACACUGAAGAUGAUGCCUGUCGAGAGGUCACCAUAAAGCCCAAUACGAAAUGGGGUGGUGAGGGUAGUCUGGGUUGUGGAAUUGGUUAUGGAUAUUUACAUAGAAUCCCGGUGAGAAUGCUUCCGGAAGAGAAGAAACCGUUGUUCAGAAUGCCAAUUAAGGCGGAGACUGUGGCGAGUGUCGUGACAACGGACACACCACCAUUGAUUGCUGCAUCAUUUGCACCGAGUAGCACGGAACCGACAAUUCCCUUCGUGCCGCCACUCACAAAUACAUUCCCCAAUGUGAGUGGGCCCCAAAAUGGCGAGACGGCUGCUACUACGACGGGUGUUACGGGUGUUAGUUUAGCGGCACCGGUGAGUUUAUUUGGGAAUACUUUUGCCCCAACUGUGGCCACCAGUGCGAUACCAGGCGUCAUAAAUACGAAUCAACUCUUUAGUGGGGUUAGCACUACGGCGGAUCCAUUUGCCAGUGUCUCUAGUACGGUGCCCCCACCAGUACCCAUGUUCUCUCCACAGCAGAUACCCGCACCAGCGCCUAUCCCUCACAUCCCGGCCUUCAGCCACACCGCCUACACUCCUCCCACGCCACAUUCAUACCCCCUUAUGGAGGCUCAGCCACCGCCUCCCCUUCAAACAGUCUCAACGUACCCCCAAGUUGGCGGUCAGGCACUCACGACACCCAUUGCGCUGCCAGGAAUGCCUCCGAUCACCGUGAGUGCCACGAUUCCGCCGCAGGCACUGCUCACGUCUUUCUCAGCUGCCGCGACGCCACUCACGCCGCCGCAAAACUGAGCUGGCUGACAAUGAACAAAACGGAAUGGUUCAAGGAACCGCCCGUGACACUGCUGGUGAAAGCAACAACGCAAUUUUGAAUUGUAUUCAAUGUGCAACACUAACGAUGUAUUAACAUUAGGCAAAAAUAAAAUACAAAGCUCCAUCUUUAA